CAUGUGAAACGAAUCGUUUUAAAAAAUUUCAUUUCAUUUAUUUAAUUUCAUUUCGAGAGCGUUUGAUAUGUUUUUAGAAACUUAAAAUCGAGCCAUCCUCGAGAGUUUUUCACGGCCUCAUUUAACUGAACUGGAGACGUCUUAUUAAUACUUGGAUUAAAAGGCUCGAGCAUGGGGAAAACAAAUAAAGGGCAAAGAACGAAAGGAAAUACCAGACCUUCCAGCAGCGUGCAGAGUGCCCUGCUGCUGAAUGCCAGCGGCAGGUCCUUCGGGGGCUUCGUGGGCUUCGAGUCGCUGGAGAAGGACCCGGUCUACGUCCCGGUCACCGGUCAGCCCGACGAGAGCGGGGUGGACUCGGACUUCCGAAUGGCCAUGCGCAAGAUGAUCAAGAAGGACUCGCUCACCAGGCUCAAGGUAGGCUCACUUGGCGAGAGAUCGUCGCUAUCUCGUACGCAAUAUCGCAUCGGGAUUGCGGGAUGUUGUUUGUGUGAUCUGUAG